GCAUGCCGAAUAGUAGAAAUAUCAAUAGCACUAACAACAGAUACUACUACUACGGAUACUACAACAACAAUAGCGGCCGCAACGAAACAGAAAACGGUGAGAAAAGUAGUUGAUCCGUUUGUGGCAGCUGCGUCGCGAACGGUGGAAGACAGCGAAAAAAAGAACGUCAAUCGCAACAUAACGCCGAGCUGGCGAAGAUCUCUUGAGGCUAGGCAUCCAUCAAGACUAAGCAUUAGCAGUCAUCGCGGCCGCGGUUCAAAAAAAGUACUUUGAUUACAAACGCAGAAAUAAAACAAGCAGUAAUAACAGUUCCAGCAGUGGGAGUAGGACACAAAGGCGGAGCAGCUCGAUUGGAAUAAGCAACAAUAUUUGUUGCUCCAACAACUUCAAAGGAAAUUAGUCAGUGUUUAUGACGUGUUGCCCUAAACGGCGAGCUAAAUGGAUAAUCGACGCCCAAGCGAGAUCUCUCCCGGAAGCUGUCUCGCUUCACGUUAUAUCAUCUCUCCUCCCUGCUAUUCCUAACAGUAAUAGUUACCCAUCGAACGGUUUCGGCGCUGCAACAGCUUUGUUAACAACUAACGUCAAACAGAACAGCUCUCUAUUGACGGCAAGGAAACGACAGGCCGCCAAGAACGGAAGGAUAUAUUUUCCAUACUUUUAUACCAUGAUGGCAAAGUGGACGGCAACAAAGUCAGCGAGAGCAACGACGAAAGCCUAAGCUGAAGCAGCAGAAACUCUAAAGGUAAACAUAACUUAAGCUACUUCGGCGCGACGGUUGGCGGUAGGCGACGGGCGUGCGUCAUGUUAAUGAACGCUACAAACGGGACACACUGUUGCUUUUGAUAAACGAGUUUUUUUUUUUUAGAAAACGGCCAUUAAUAGGAAAGAAGGAAACAGGCUCGAAAUAGCUAAAGGAUUAUUUGUCUUUAUCAAAAGGAAGUGGCGCUAAACAUUGAAGGAGGAAUCGAAUUUUAAUAACAGUAUUGAUAAUAACAAUAAUCGAGAUAAAACAUAUCUAAGUUGGCAAUAAUAGAAACGAGCCUUAUCAGCAUAAAUACUAGCGAAGCUUUUAUUAGAUCGGACACCAAAUGUCAGCGACGACAACAGCCGCUUAUUGAUUCGAUAUCGUCAACACCCUUUCUGAUGAGAAAUUAUACCGCCAGUGCGACUACUUUUCCAGCUCAAGGUUCUGUUGCGGCCGUCAUCGUCGCCUAUAACAAUUAUUUGAAGCAAAUACAAACUUUUCAUUAAACAGUGACUGCCCCGCGGAGGUUUCCGCAGCGGGAAGUUUGUCUGCGCAGCGGUAUGAUGAUUAAAUUGUUACAACAAAGGCUUUCUACUUUAUCCACGACUACCGCUCUACAGCAAACCGUUAGAGUUCAAGUGUCGCCAUCCGGCGUAAUUGCCGACCUCGUUGUGGGGGUGCGGCAGAGGGAAACCUUAUAGCGACGACGCAGUGAACGAGCAAAGUAGAGAUCUCUAAGACGUCAAUGUAAAAGCUGAUGACGAUGGCUACAGCCAAAAUGACGCUGACGACCACGUUCGUACCUCGAGUGCAUUGUUUUUAAUCAAGCUAAUAAAACCAAUAGGAAGAUAACAAAAGGCUCUAUUAGCAGCUGGAAAAUUACGCUACGCCAAAUGGCGACGCAACGACAGUACAGUUAGAAACAUCAACAAGCGACCGCAGUAAGGCCAACAGUUAUCGAGACAAUAUGGGUUUUCAUUAGUAUUACUCGCGAUCUAAGCCUUCGGAGCUUCAUUUAGGGCGAUGAAUUGCAGUGGUGUAAAAUCCGUGAAGUGAUGUGAUGUGAUCGGUGUUACCGGUAGCUGCAGUAGUCGUCGGCUGUAUCGGUGUGACUUUCUGUUGGAUUAUUGCUUGGACAUUGUGUAGAUCCCAGAAAUAUCGUCGUGUGAAAUUCGGUUUCAUCUGAGGUGGCUGGCACAACCAUAAUGAGGCCGUUAGCUUGAAGACCACUAGCGCUGACUGUAUGGGCCAGCUGUUUGUUGCCUCGUUACCCUCUGUGUGAGACGCUCAACUUAGCCUCAGAGAAACACCGAGUUGAGACGUCGGCCGAUCGGUCAGUCUAUAUAAUUCCUUCGAUCCUCGUUGUUGCUAUUCAGCGAUUGAUUGUGCAAUGGGUGUGUCGUAGGUGCAUCGUAGUCUUUAAUAAAGCGGUAUACAGUGGAAGGAGAUCGAAUGGAAGCGUUUGCACUUGAACAUCAUGGCCAUAUCUCACCGCAACGCCUUGCAUGGAUUUCAUAGACUGUACACCAACAGAUACCAUCAUACUAAUGAAAAUGUUCUGCUUUUAACUGGCAGUAGCGGCAGCACUGGUCCUUUUUCUGCUUUAACUGCCCGACCCAGCUCAGCUGAGCAAUUCGUGCUCUGGGAAGCCGCUGGCCAAUAGUUACGGUAGCGCACUAUUACAGGUUGAUAUGAGCCAUAUGAUUUUUGCAUCCGUUCAACUGCAAGGAAACAGGUCCACCAUGAUUGCCACCAACGUCGUGUCACUUGUUAAGAAGAUCGUGAAGACCGGUGAUGGCGAGAUCGGCUCUGCGGGCGGGACUGGGUCAGCCGCUGGUGAGGGCAGUACUAUCGGGGUGACUCGAGGUGGGGCGCUAUCGAAACUCAAACAGAGUGUCGCAUCGGGGAUUCAGGGUUUUUCUCAGCCUGCCAAGACACCCCCCACUACCCCUACAAAGUUGUUCAAUAGGGAACUCACCGGACACCUCACCGAGGAGGAGCGAUGCAUCCUCGAAAAGGUCUUCGAAAAGGAGCAGCAAUUCGAGAUGAUGCAAAAACAGGGGGCGUCCGGGGGAGCAUCCACGCAACUAGCUGCGUCUGACGGAACUAGUAGUCAGACAGAAAGUGGAGACGCUAAUAAUGACAAGAAAUUACCGGCCGGCAAAGGCAAAGCUAGCUUCGGAGAGUGUCGCAUCUGUCGUAAAAUGUUUUCCAAGGACGAGCCUAGGAAGGUUUGUGAUGAAUGCAAAAGUCCAAUUUGUGAGGACUGCGCGUCAUAUACUUCUGACAAUGUCACGAUCUGGCGCUGUAGUUUGUGUCGACGAAGAUGCACGAGUAUCGGAUUAGGUAUGGAUACCGCUUCUGGAGCAGCAGGGAUCCAUAGGGUACCUUCCGUCAGACGCAUGGAACAGGGUAGUGCUUGUCAACGAAGCCAACUCACUGACUUAGUGAGUCACACCGCAGGCGGAGGCACCCGCGCCUCCUUUAUGUUACCCGACUCGUAUAGGGAGGCACUCAUCAUGGAGAUCGAACAGCAACGCCAGCGUGAAGAGCAAAGUCGGCAAAAUGAGGACGGUAGCGCUGGUGCAACCAAUCCAAAUAGCCUUAGCACUUUAGCCAUAGGAAAACCCAUUAAGAGGGGCUCGUAUGCAGGAACGACCGAGUUUCAGAAAAAUACUCAAAGCGAUCAAGCCCGACCUGGAGGCGAGAGUUUGGGGGGCUCACCGAACCUGAGGCGCAACAGCAGUCGCUUGCAGCACCGUACGGAAAGUGCGGGUGAACGUGUCGAAGGCGGCAGCAGCAGCAGCAGACGAUCCUCGUCCGAAUCGACGGGUGCCCAUGGGAGUGGGAACGCGAGUGGCUCUAUGGGCGGGGGGCCGCUCCGUAGCAGUCCGGGGCACUCGUUUUCAUCACAUAAGACACACCAUGGUCAGAGCCAGCCCGACUCUCAACACGUGCCUUAUUCUGCGACGGCAACAGGAUCGGCAGCCUCGCAUCAUCGUGAUAUUACGUCGCUCAGCCAACAGCAAUUGCCGCAUGGCCAUUCCUUUUCGGAUGGAAGCGGUGAUGAAGACGACAGGGUCCGCUGUCCUGGUGGGGGUGCGCCAUCUGAAGGUGAAUCACAUUUGACACGACAGACCCCUCAGAGUGGUCGACAGAAGUCUCGCAGGAGGUCGAGGAUUCACCGACAGGACUCAAGAAAGGAGCGAAGACAUUCUAGCAAGGAUGAGGAAGGUAACAGCGAUCCUGAAUGGCAGGGACGUCCUGACGACUACAACCAACGAUACGAUCAGACCGGCAACCGUCGACGCUGUAGCUCAGAAAGCUCAGACAUAAGUGAUGUUAGCGGUGACUACUCUGCUCACUCGGACCGUUCGAGCUGCACUUAUGGGGGCUACUACAAGCCUCCGCUCUCUCCGGUACGCAAAUAUACAAUGCCUACCCAAAUGGGCCGACUGUAUGACAACGCGGUAACUGUGGCAACGGGGGGAAACACUGUGGUUACAGUAUCAGGCGAAACGACCCCACUUGAAGAUCAUGUAAGCAGGGUGGCAGGGCCAGGACCUCAUGGAGCUCCAGGAGGUCCCGUCAAUGACUACUCAGCCAACCAUCAUACACAUCUGCAUCUUGACCGUAAUAACAGUUACGACGCAACAGCAUUACUUCGAAGGUCCAUCCCCAGCGUCACUGUGGAUUGCGCUACUGAAAGCUUUUCUAACCUGAACAGAGGUUACGGCAACCACUACAUGAAUAUGUUUUACAACGACGGUUACUCAAAUAUUGACACGGAGCAGCCACGACGCUGUAGUACAGGUAGCGCAUUACCAAGAAUGGAGAUACCUGAGAAUCAACUCUCGCUGCUCACGGCCUGUCAUCCACACGGCGCCAAAUCGCUUUCAACACAUUCGCUGGAUCUGCCACGGGGCAGUAUUGAUCAGCGUAUGCCGUCUGAAUGCGAUCUCUCUGGUUUUAAGGGCAAACCCACGGAACGGCGCGCUUCAGCCCCCGAAGGCGAAAACAUCCGCAUCGUGAUAAACGACGUAGAUGGAAGCCUCCGGGGCGGGUCAGGCGACAGUACUGAAGGGGAGCCACGACAGCGGAGGGUUAUUCUGCAACGCGACAAGAACGACGCGUCGUGUCGCACUCGAGGCUUCGGCAUGCGCCUCAUGGGUGGCAAGCGGGGCCCUGAUGGACACCUCUACGCUAUUGUGUCGUGGGUUUUACUCGGAUCCUCAGCUGACAUCGCAGGACUUCAAAAAGGUUCCAUCGUUCUGGAAUGGAACGGCCAAAGUCUGGUAGAUAAGCCGUUUGAAGAAGUAUCGGAGAUUCUCGAUCAUAGCCCAGACGUAGUGGAAAUCCUGAUCGAAACAGGACGACGAAUGUCGCCCCUUUCGCCAAACGCUUCAAAUCCCAACAUACUUAAGACAGGCGACUUGGAGGACAAUGAAAUAGAUGGCCAGCUGGACCAACCCCGCGCUCCACCGAUAAGAAGAAACAGCGGAAGGAUGCUGCCCAGGCUACCCGGCGAACUUGGAGGCAGUGCCAGUGGAUCAGGCGUCACCGGGGGCAGUAUGGGCACCAUGGAUGAAGGGGAGAUGUGUGUACAGCUCUUCUACGACGAAGAACGGUCGGAUCUGGUUGUUCGGGUUUUGUCGGUAAGAGGGCUAGCGCCUCGAAAACAACCCGGCCGUCAGGAUACCGUCACAGCACUACACCGCGCAUACGUUAAGCUGAGGCUUAGCCCCGAUGGGGGGUUCACUGCGAUGAAAACCCCGGUAAGCGAACCAGCUGUUAACCCAGAAUGGAACAAAUCAUUCGUGUUUCCGUCUCUUGAACCUUCCGAACUGCAAGAGGCAUCUCUCAAGCUGUCGGUAUGGGAACAUCAGUCGACGCUGGGAAGUCAACCUGGGGGACAGUUCCUCGGCGACGUGACCAUCCCACUUCGAAUGGUCGUUCAAGACCCAGCCGCUGUUUCUGGCUCGCACUGGUACCGCCUUCGGUGCGAACGGGAAUCGCUACUGCCACCGCCGAUAUAGCAUUUAAACACUUGAUGGUAAAUGUAUUCGGUUGAGGGGGUUACUAGCACCGGAUCACCUUCAUUGCUGGAUUUCUGACGAACGUAACUUUCAUGGGACGACGUCUACCACUUAGGACAGGGUGUUCUCUUGUCUAGUUGUUCACAUCUGGGCCACAUCAAAAUGGUAAAAACAGCCGCCUCGAUUCUGUCGACCUUUGGAGCAUCUCUCUAUGUUCGUUGUGCACGCCUCAAGGACACGACUAGCUACCCCUCAUCUCUUUUGUGUAUACUUUGAAUAAAAGUGCUCUCAUCAAUGAAACACGGUCAAUGAGGCCCAAAAUUCGACACAGCCGAUUCUCUACAGCUGUUAAUCAAUCAUUUGUUCUAGCAGAUUGUGCCUCUAAGCGAUCAAACCUUGGAUCGGUUGUCGACAAUGAUGGCGACACUAGAAACGAGGAAAAUGGACGAUGAUGCCUUGAAAAGAUACGAGGAGAUGUUCUGCGUUUAUGUAGAAUGACCUAGAGAAAGCUACACGCGUGAGUACCGACAAUGAAGUCCAAACAAUCGAGCCACAGACCCCGCAGGUAUUCCAAAGCGUACGUUUACCAUUGGUGCCGCCGAUAAGCACAAUUCUGUCGAGAGAACAAAUGGUUAUACGCCGUGUUGGCUAGCUCAAUCGAGUCAUGAAGUCCGUGUGAGACGAAAUGACACGUGUCAUGCGUGAAACCGGCCGCAUCCCAUAGUGGCUGGGCGGUCAGCUAUGGCCGCACUCUCUAGACGUAGUGACUGCUUAUCUUUCUAAUCAACUAUAGCCAUUAGUGUUAUUAAAAUGAAAAUAAUAAUCCUCUAGGUUGCCACUAUCGCUGCUCAAAUAAAGAGAGUUCGAUUAGCGUUCGCCAAGCACUUUCUAUGCGAAACUGUAGGGUAUAUCCAAACCUUCUACUACAUAGACAACAAGCGAAGGAAAGCUAAACGAUAAGAAAGGACUGUUAUUAUAGAAUGAUGAUAUGCGAAACGGAAGACCGAAAUAGAAAUACCUAGAAGGCCAAAGCAGCGAAUUGUCAAUGCAAUCUGGAAGCUCCCAACAAGUAUCUUGAAUAACGUACGUCCAUGCACCGAUCUACAUGUUAGCGAAGCCAGAAACAAAGAAUAUGAAAGUGGAAAAUAUACGAAACAAUCGAUGUAGUCAACAAAAGCACACAACGUUAAGCAGAAGCAAUUCCUACGCCGACCAACGCAAGCACGUUCACCGCUACGUAACGUCACUGCAACCGUAAUAUCGAGUCACAACGCAACGCGUCGCGAUAAACUGCGUACUGCGAGAAUUCUCUGUAUUUUCUGUCUCUAAUUGCACCCCACAAACAAGAAUGACGCUAAUUCUAAAGUACACUAACACUUAUCUUACUCUUAACAGAACUGCCACUACAACUGGAAUACCUUUGCAAUCCACAUCAAUCCGCCUCAGCGCCAGAGGUAGAAAAAAAAAAAGAUUUUCGGUCUUCCUUUUUACCGAACUACCGUACUGCCCAAAACGCUAUGGCACCACAGCCGGGCCGCAACAUUCAAAUACAUAAUCGUGACUUGCACUAGACAUAACCUUGCCUUGCCCAACGGGACUGGUCAUAUUUUCACAAAAAUUGAACAAGCGACAUAUAAACACAAACAACGUAGCGGAACAAAGUGAGCUAAGCAGUACAAUGUUAGCUUCUCCUCACACUCAACGCUAAAUGGUGGACUAGCGGUACGUACCCGGUUGCCGCAAACGUAUCAUCCCGCGCACUUCAGUCUGACAGAGAUAACCUCCAGAACUCGGCAAGGCCAUCGGGUCAUUACGGGACGCGAGUGCUUGUUUCAAGCCCUGCAUGGUUCAAUAACGGGGCAAUGUAGAGCUGACUGGCAAAGCAGCCUGCUUGCAAGACACUGCGUUCGUUGAGGUGUACUGGUUCAACUUCCGCUACCAGAAUAGCUUCAGCGAUUCCAGCUGCUAACUGUAUGAAAACACCACGCACGACGAGAGAGUCAUUUCCUGAUGACUUCGCUUGUCGAGAGCUCUGUGGCAUAGGAACCAAAUCUGCGUUUUAAGAGUAUCCACAGUGCUCCGUGUGGCGCUGUUGUAGUCACAGCUCGAAAAAAGCACGCACUUUUACGAAGCUUCUGCUGAGCGAAAAUGUAUCAUAGAGACAGUGGAAGGAAAAUAAAUCAUGAGAACGAUUUUGCAGAAAUGACGAAAAAUGGAAAAAGAAAUCUUUCAAUUAAACUUCACAAUUUAAUUGUUAUCACAAUAAUAAUCAUAAUAUAAUAAUGAUAAUAAUUAACGCUAACAGAUAACGCAAGUAUAGUAUGCUAUAGACUAGGUAUGUAUAAUUAAUAAUGUUACCUUAAUCAGCAACAACACAAAUCGCUGAUACCCGGAUGCACGACAGCUGCGCCAUCGUUUUCUAAAACUGAGCAUUCAAUUCCUCUAAGGCUACUCAAACUCCCAUUAGUUCUCACGCCAUUCAUUAAUACAGAGAGAUGCUACCACAUUGACUUUCAAAAAAAAAAAAGACGAAAAGCACCAUAUUUGAACUACGGCAGACAUUCGAAUAUAUCAUCGUAUGUUAUUGGAGCUCGAACACACACCCGCCAUGACAAAUGUUACGAAGUAACACCAAAAAUCAUAAGAGUCACGUACGUUACAUGUCAUAAAAUUGCUUGAACUGUUCCAUUACUGUCUCCUACGGAAUCAAACGGCUAAUUAGCCAUACCUCACUCUAACCCUCCUCAAUCUAUAGCUUGAUCUAGGCACCUGUUGGCGUCCAUCCGUACACUUGGCCUUGCCAUGGAAAAUCUAAACAUCAACCGUCAAGAAAUUCUAUUCCGUUAACCUACCAUUAACUAAUUCUGAUGCGCUAAGUUGAAUCUUUUGACGAAUUAUGCCAAUUUUAGAUUAUUCCACCUCUAUUAGGUGCCUCCAGCUGUAUUCAGAUAUCAAUGAAGCCUACGAAUUGUACAAAACGGAUCAAUCUCACUCGACCUUCUACCUUACUACUUUGAUUGACCGAGAGGAGGUCACAAUAUGGUUAGAUACGUUCAGUAAUUAUCUCCUCAUUCUAGUCGGGCAUCAACGAAUGAUAGGCUAUUGCCUAACCAUGCAUUACUCUACCCAUUGUCGUAGAAACAGCCGUUCCUCAUAGCAUUAAACACGACGGUUAAGCAGCAGUUUCAGUAUCUAUCGGAAAAACAAAAGGCACGUUACCGUUUAAUCAGCAGAAUAGGCCAAAACUCUUCAUAUAUUGUUUUAAUAACAUCGGCACUACGUCAGCUUGAUUCCUAAUAGUACAGUCUAUAGAUACGGGCUUAUUCGUCAACAUAUUGAAUCGAAGGGGAAGACAGAGUAGUCAACGAUCAGGGAACCCGAUCACUCACACACGUUCAAGGAGGGAUCGCUUGAAUCCAAUCAGGUUGACCUGUCACAGAGAACCAGUUGAUUAAUCGACCGUCGAUUCUGAUCAUUACGGCAUUGACAUCGUGCUUGAUACCUUAUUUUUCUACUCCAAUAUGCUGUAUAAUAGUAUAGCAAGACAUGUGAAGACGUAAAAGCAGACGAAUAGAUAAACUAAGAAAUAAACAAACACGACUCCCUCUAACCAACGUGUCUCGAUUUUUCUACGCGUGCGUUUCCGAGCAACUCACUCAUGAAUGAUUAAUAUUUCUAUUAUAACUGCUACUGCUAUUAUCGACAUGAACUACCAUUGCUGUAAACAGAUGUAAACAUGAUGUAUUGGCACCUGAAGAUUAUACAAACUUAACAACAGGUAAUAAUUAUAUUAAAAUACAUGUUAUAAAUAGCACUACUCGUAACAACGGCAACAAUGUUGUUGGUUAGGGACAACAAAACAGUAAAUAAUAAUAAUACCGAUAAUAAAUAGUCAUGAUAUCAAUUGUUGUAGUUAAUAACUGUUACAUAAAAUAGGCCCGCGCACAGAAACGUAUACAGGGGAAGGCGGCAUAUAUAUACACUCGUAAAUAUCAUCAAAUGUGGUGAAGCCCUGUGUAAGAAAGCAUAGAACCACGGCACCAGAGUACGCGUUCGAUAGCCGAGCAUAGCGACUGUGAACGAUUUGAGACCACCUGGAUUAAGCGGCUGGCUCUCGCAUACGUCCACGUGACGCCGUCAGCUUGAAGCCAGUUGUGGAUCGAUACACACGCUUAUAACAACGAGCAAUAGGCGAGCGCAAAACGCUCGACAGACGCACACAAUAUUUGCUUGAACUAUAGCCAGCAAGCUCCACGAUAUAUUCAAAAUUUACCAAUACGCAUGUUAUAAGGAGCGAGCAAUGUAUCCAUUUCGAUAGACCUCGCUCCGAUUUCGAUAGACCUGGCAACCAACCCUCGACUAAUAUCGUCAGUACACGUAUACUACAUCAAUAGAUAAACAGGUAACUUCAGGGACAUGCAAACAACUUAGUUAACAUUCAGCCUAUGAGCAGAUUAUACAAGUUACAAUAUAUGAAACCUUCCAGUUAGCCUAAGGAAAAAAUGAGGCAUUUAGAAGCUUAGUAUAAUUAAUAUAAUAAACUAUAGAGGUGAACGGAUGGAAGCAGGUGGUGUAGUGGAGUGGCAAGCAUGGCCGAAUGAAUACAGUAGAAGAAGCCCUUUGGUGCGU